AUGGAAGAGACUGUUAUAAAAGCCAAUCUUGGAAUAGGGGGAUGGGAUGGUGCCAAGGAGUACGAAAAGGAUAGUGGGUUUCAUUACAGGGCGAUUGAGUUCCUGAAGUCCAUCAAGUGGAAGACUCUGAUCGCAAUCUGCUCCCAGCAUCGCCAAGGUAUGCCAUGUCGAAUGUCUGGGAAGUUCUCUAUUGGUCUUAGCCACAUGGUGCGGCAGGUGAAAUUCGAGGACGGGGAGCUAUGGGUUGUGCGAUUGAGGAUGCCCUUUUUUGAUGGGACCCCCGAAAUUCAAGCAAAACAGAUGUUGAUCUCGGAGGUUGCCUCAAUGAGAUACCUAAGGUGGGCCAGAAUUCUCAGCAAUAGCAAAGCAAAAGCGCUAACAUUGAAAACUUCAAGGCUCAAGACGUCCAUUCCUGUUCCGGAGGUCUUCUUUUACAACGACGAUCCCGCCGAAGUAGGAGCCGUGUACAUGGCCAUGCAGUAUAUCCCUGGAACGACGGCCUAUAACCAACGGCUCAUGGACCCAAGAGCAGCGAUCGGAACACCAAGGCAAGAUUGUUUCGGAACACAAGAACAAGACCGGAAAUUUCGACAACACAUGGCUGCCAUACAGGUAGAAUUGGCGUCGAUCCAAUUUGAUCAAAUUGGUUCACUCUAUCAAAACCCAGAGACACAGGAGUUCUACAUUGGCCCUGAUUGUGAGUCUAAUGAGGGACCCUGGAGUUCGGCAAAAGAAUAUUACCGCGAUCUUGCCCUCCGAUCAUUCAGAGAAGCAGCUCGGAUGUGCGACCAGGAGACACAAGACGACGCUUCAUUUGGCCUUCCGUUCAUUUUUGAAAAGGCAAUGGAGAUAUACACGGAUAAAUCCCUAGACCGGGGACCAUUUGGACUUGUCCACCAAGGCUGUGGAGCCCGCAACGUUCUUGUGAAUGAGAAGUAUGAGAUUCUGGCCGUCAUCGACCUAGAUGAUAUGAUCUCUGCCCCCAUCGAGAUACAAGCACAAUUUCCAUCUUUUAUCGGGCUGGACAGACCUAUACCGUUCGAGGUCUUGACCGAACCUCUCUUUAUUGAGCGAAUGAAGAUUGUCGGACCAAAUCUGCUCAUAUACAAGCAAUUAGUCGAGGAUUGUGAAAAGGCAAUAGGAAGAGAUCUGGGAAUUAGUAAGUUAAUGCUCUCGGAAUCCUCUGCUGUUGUAAUGGCACUCAAUGGUUAUAACGCACAUAUGUUAUACAUGAACCAACCUUGGAUGGCUUCUUUAUUGCAGCUGGUCCGGCAAAAGCUCGUUUCUACACCGGCUGGUAACUAG